AUGGGUCCUGAAAUUCUAGACUCAAGUCAGACUCCAGUUCGUGUCCUGGAUUUGGGAGUUUCCAGCCCACCACCAUCAUGUACCAGCCCGACCCGCUUAUCUCGCAUCCAGGAGAAAGAUGAACUCCGACACCUCAACGACCGCCUCGCCAACUACAUCCAGCGGGUCCAAGAGUUGGAAAAUGAAAGGUCCUCCAUGUUGAUUCUGCUGGAAGAGAAGGAGGAAUCGAAAAGCCGGGAGAUGGGCAACGUGCGGCGGCUGUACGAGGAAGAGUUGGCCGAUAUCAGAAAGUCCCUGGACGGCCUUGCCGGCGAGAAGGCCCGCCUGCAAAUCGACUAUGGAGGUCUCUGCGAGGAGUACAGCAAACUUAAAGCCAGAAACCAGAAGAAGGAGAGUGAUCUGGGGAAUGUGUUGGCCCAGCUGAGGAAAGCUGAGGCCACACUGAGCUCCAAGGAUGCUGAGCACACCAAGCUGCUGUCUGAGAACAGGAGGCUCCAUGAUGACUUCUCUGAUCUGCAGGGGCUGCUGGAAAAUGUGGAGGGUGUGCUGGCAGACACCAAGAACCAGCUGGCCUCUGAGAUCCUGAGGAGGGUGGAGAUGGAGAACAAGGUGCAGACACUGAAAGAGCAGCUGGAUCUCCAGAGGAACAUCAGUGAGCAGGAGAUCAUGGAGAUCCGAAGCAGGCAUGAGAGCCGUCUAGUGGAGAUGGAUUCAGGACGACGGAGAGAGUUUGAGAGUAAACUGGCUGAGGCGAUGCAGCAGCUCCGCCAGGACCAUGAAUCUCAGCUGCAGCAGUACAAAGAAGAGAUCGACAGGACCUUCAGUUCAAAGUUACAGAAUGCCCAACAGGCUGCCCUGGAGAAAAAUAAUGUUGCGUCAGCCACCAAAGAUGAACUGGAAUCUACCAAGCUGAGAGUGGAGACGCUCAGUUCCCAGCUCAAGCAGUACCAACAAGAUAAAAUGGUGCUGGAGGGUCGCUUUCAGGACCUGGAGAGGACUCUGGACAGGGAGCGGGAGGCUUGGCAGCAGAGACUUGGUCAGAAGGAGCAGGAGCUGCUGGACAUGAGAAGCCGCAUGUACAGCCAGCUGGAAGACUACGAGAACCUGCUGGAUGUCAAGCUGGCUCUGGACAUGGAGAUCAAUGCCUAUAGGAAGAUGCUGGAGGUGGAGGAACAGAGACUACAGCUGACACCCAGUCCCUCCCAGCACACACCUCGGAUGCAUGAACGCAGCAGCCGCAGACUCAGGGGGAAGAAGCGCAAACAUGAGGGAGCCUCUGGCAUCUCGCCCACCUUUAAAAUGUCCAGUCGUUCAACAGAGCGUGGCGCUGUGGGCGUGGAGGAGGUCGACACAGACGGCAGAUACGUUAGACUGAAGAAUAACUCUGAGACGGAUCAGCCACUGGGUGGUUGGGUAGUUAAGAGGACAUACCCAGACUUUGAAGACAUCUCCUUCCACAUCCCCCCCUCCUGUGUCCUGGCUGGUGGAGAGACACUCACCAUCUGGGCAGCGGGCGCAGAGGUGGAGGCUGAUUCAGGGGACCUGAUUCUGCAAGGACACAAGAGCUGGGGCCCAGUCUUGGAUGUAAGGGUCGUCCUCCUCAACCCCAACCAGGAGGAGAUAGCUGAACGCAGGGUAUUUAUGCAGGGCAGAGGUGACGAGGAAACUGAACUGGAGUUUGAUGAAGAAUAUGUGGCAGGUAGUGACAUCCAGCACUUUCGGAGACAGGAUCUAUCUAAGGAGGCGAGCUGUGCUGUCAUGUGAUUGCUUGUCCAGCUCCUGCUGUCCUUCACAUCCUCCUGGAAGACCUGGACCGACUUUGCAGGACACCGACAUGUUAGUUUGACUUUGAAGAACUCGGACGCCUUAAAGCAACAGUAUGAACCUCGGUGCUCCUCACUUGUUUUACUGGUCUAACUGCACAAUCCACCAUGUAAACUUUGCCUAGAUUUGAUCUAAUUUAAUGAAUGUGUGUGUGUGACAAACUGUUGACAUAAUAAAGUUUUCUAAAUAA